AACAGCUGGAGGUGCUGCGAAGUGCGGUUGCGCGCAAAAUGCGGAAAUUCAGAGAUGGCAUCAACAUCUGCUUGAUACUUAACCGUGGGCAAAAACUGAUUAAAAACAUUGAUGGAUGCAAUUAAAUUUAUGUUCGGGCGCUGUCCCUUUCGUACUUAAAGAGUGGUAUGGCAACGCCUGAGUGUUUUGAUUGUGGAUAAACAGGCCAGUCACUUCGAUAAAGUACCAAUUCGUCCGCCAUGAUGAACCGAAAAAAGCGUGAAGAUCUGGAGGAAAAUGAACUGGAGGGGAUCACCGAGGCGGAGCUGGCGCGGCUCCAGCGCCAGUACCGCAUCAUGGACAACGACAGGAAGGCAUACUACAAGGAGACGCAGACUGUUCUCCGCAAACAAAGGCGAAUUAUCGACAACUUAAUGGCGGAGAAGACUGAGAUCGACACAGAUAUGAGCCUGAUCAAGUCCAAUUACAACGUACGAAAAAAUAAAGCCGCUUCCAAGAAACUUAAUGGCUACGUCGAACGACAAAAGGAAAUUCUCGAUGAGAUUGAAUCGGAGAGGCAGCAACUGGCCGACAUCGACAGUCGGAUCAAGCGUGUGGAGCGGGAGAUACCCAAGCAGGCCAAGCGAGGCGGCGCCAACGAUGUGGUGCGCAACAAACAGUUUCAGCUGCAGCGGAAGGCGAGGCGCCUGGAGAACCGCCUGUACACGACGAACGUGAACUUCAACACCAUGCUGGUGGAGAACAACAGGCUGCGCGCCGAGAUAGACCAUCUGCUGAUCGAGCGUGGCACCUUCAACAAGCACUACCGCAAGCUGAUCGAGCGUCUGGCAGCCACCAAGCAGAAGACGUCCGACAUCAUCGACCAGGCCACGCAGGCUUACGACCAGCGGUAG